AUGGCCUCUCGCUUCCGUCUUGGUCAACUCAUCAAAGGAAAAGCGAACACCUACACGAUCACCAAACCACUUCACGAGUGCAUUUGGCUCGCAACAAGUAGCCAGAAUGAACAGCCCGUCAUCAUCAAAAGCGUGAGGCAUUUUCGACUUCAAAAUAAACGUGACAUUCUUCAACGCUUUCAAAGCAGGACUUCUGCGCUUCGUCCUCUUAUUGAUGAGAUUCAAGAUCAGAGUGUUCCUCCUGCUAUAGUGCUAAAGUAUUUGGAUGACGAUCUAAUGCGAGCGUCUGCUGCUAAAAGGCUUACCACGCUUGAGAUUAAGCAGGUAGCGAAGAGGGUGUUGGAAGCUUUGAAUGUGUUACAUGAGGAUGGGUUUGUGCAUACCGACAUCAAGAUCGACAACGUAUUAGUAAACUACGGCAAAGGCGCUUCGCGAUUUACAGACGUUGAAUUGGCGGAUUGCGGUAAUACCGUUCAUAUUUCCUCGCCGUUCGCAAACGAUUGCGAUGUCAUCGGCGCACCCGUAUGGAGGAGUCCCGAAGCGCAACUUCAAAUAAGCUGGGGUACACCUACUGACAUCUGGUCACUAAGGACCUUGCUCAUAACUUUAAUAUACGGCGACUCCUGGUUCAUAUUCAGACCCGACGUCCCCGCUGACCACGAAGCUUACGACCUGAAGAUCCUCAUGCGCCACCAUCAAUUCUUCGGUCCUUUUCCGCUGUCGUAUCAGGAUAUUGCGGAUGAUGAGGCUAUUCGUAUUAUUAUGUAUGUUAUGCGAAGCGUGCCGCCGGAGAAAAUGAGGCCUUUUGCAAGUGCGGCUGAGAGUGAGAUAGCGAAGGAGGAUAAAGUGUUUAUACUUAGGAUUAUGAGGCUGGAUCCGAGGGAUAGACCGACGGCGGGGGAGUUGUUGGGGGAUGAAUGGUUUAAGCAAGUUUAA